AUGGGUUUGAAAGUUGGGUUUGUUCCUGAACACUUUUCGACUCCUUUACAGUUUUCCCAGGCCAAAGGGUUCUUUGCCUCGAAAGGGAUCGAAUGCGAGCUCAUUGAGUAUCCUUCCGGGUCUGGCCACCUGAUCCAAUCUCUGAAGAGUCAGCAGAUCGAUAUUGCAGUUGGACUUACAGAAGCGUUUGUGAGAGGAAUUUGCGAUGGAGACGAUCAGUACCAGAUUGCGGGAACGUACGUCAAGUCACCGCUUUGUUGGGCAAUUUCCACUGGAGUGGACCGCUCCGAGCUGACCUCCGAGACUCAGCUACAGAACGGCUCUAUUGGUGUGAGUCGUAUUGGAUCUGGUUCUUAUGUGAUGGCAUUCGUUCUGGGGCUGCAGCGCGGCUUCAGUGUGCCGUUCUUCAAAAAGUUCGUCAUCCUGGACAACUUCAAGAACCUGAGAGACUCUGUCAACCAAAAAGACCACCUGGAGUCGUCAGAUGCGUUCAUGUGGGAAUACUUCACCAGCAAGAAGUACUACGACAACAAGGAGAUCAAGAAGAUCGGCCAAAUCUACACUCCAUGGUCGUCAUGGGUGGUCGUUUCUGGUAAAAACGUGGAGAAAAAACAGGUCUCGGCAUUCCUUGAAGCUGUGCAGGACGGAAUUGAGUACUACAACGGCCACAAAGAAGAAGCCGCCAAGUACAUCGCUGAUAACCUGGACUACUCACUAGAAGACGCUCAAGAGUGGCAGAAGACGGUCGAGUUCUCCGACAACGUUAGCCAGAUCAACUUCGAAAAAGACGUUGUGGGCACCAAGUCGGUUUUAAAAACUGCAGGUGUGAUCCAGAAAGACGCAUCUGAGUCAGAUGACCUCAUCCUGCAGCGUCUCACCAACGGUGUGCUGCAGUAG